GUGUUGGGUUAUUGCAACAGUCACAGCACAUCCCUCAUGUGGGAGGACCCACUGGCAGAGCGGGCCGUGAACGCCUCUCGGUCCCGUUCGGGCGGAGGCAGAGCUGUGUGAGCCGAAGGAGGAGGUCUGAGCUGUCAGCCUGGACGCACGGCGGCUCGUCUGUUAAUCUAGCGGAGUCAGGAUGGAGCCUCGCGGACUCGGCGCUUCUCAGGACGUCAGGCUGCAGCGGAGCCCCAGGCAGCAGCAGCAGCAGCAGCAGCAGCAGCAGCAGCAGCAGCAGCAGCAGCCGCAGCCGCCGGCUCCGCGAGGCAGCCAGGACGGCGUGUUUGGGGUGAGGGUGCAGGUCCAGGGGAUCAAAGGUCAGCCGUACGUGGUUCUGAACAGCCCGGGCCAGGACAGCCCCAGAGACGUGUCUGUCAUCACUCACCAGGCCGGGUACCACCCGGGUGUGGUGAGGAGGUCUGCCGAUGAAACAACCGCACCCUCCUCUGUGUUUCACUAUCAGAACCACCCGGAGAUUCUGAGACCUUAUGACCCAAAGAAUAACACUCUGAACCUGGUCUUUCCUUCACAACCUGCCUCUGUUGGCCACAGCGCUAACGGAACCAAGCCCAGAGUCCCUCUGCCCGCUGAGGGCCCGGGGGAAGACCUGGACCAGGAGGCCCAAACCGACCCGCCUUCCUCCGGUGGCACCGCAAGGUCCCCCAACUCCGUGGACGGCGACUCCAUCUUGUCCGUGGGAAAGCUGAUAAGCCAGUUCAACAGCAGCCUGCGGAGGGGAAGGGGAGGCCCGAGGAACAGGCUGGACCCGGAGCAGUGUCGGAGGUCGCGCAGCGAGGACAGCCGUCGCAUCUCUGACUGCUCCUCCUCCUCAUCUGCCUCCAGCAGGACCUCGUCUCUGAAGGGCGUCAGGGUGGAGGCCCCCGGCGGAGCGUACCCUCCCGGGUCCGCCAGGGCCCGGCUUCUGGGCGGAGAGGCCGCUGUGACCAGCAGAAGGGACGAAAGCAGGACCAGCGCAGCGCCCCAAAGCCACAAUGGACGGGAGGCGUCCUCUCCACAGGGCACGAAGCCGCUCCGCAGAGCGGGGAACACCUCCGGGUCCAGAUCGUGCAACGGGGGGUCCGACGAUAGAGACUCGCCGGUGACGCCUGAUCUCCUGAAGGGACAGCAGGAGCUCUCAGCUGAUCCUGCCGAAGAAUCUGCCAGGCAGACGCUGCUGUCGUAUCUAAAGGAAGGGACCACGGACGACGACGGCACCGCUCAGAGGAAAGCGGACCUGCUGCUCAAACGGAUCAACCGGCUCAAGUGGAGAACGGCAGAGGCCGUGGAGCAGGAGGACCGAGACUGCGCAGCGGAGGUGACGCGGUUGCGGGAGAAGCGGGGGUCGCUGGAGAAGGAGCUGUCUGAGCUGAAGCAGCGGCUGGAAACCGAGCUGAAGAAUGAGAAGACUCUGGCCUGGGCCUGUGAGAAGGCCAGGGCGGAGAAGAAGAAGCUUCAGGAAGACUUGACCCAAUGCCAGGCCGAGCUCUGCAAAGUCCGGGGGGAACUGGCCCAAAUCGAGACGGAGCUCGAGGCGACCAAAGAGGAGUCUGUUCGCUUGAAGGCGGAGAGAGAACGAUGUCGGGCGGAGAUGAAGGACCUGCAGCAGCAGCUGUCCGACAUGCACGACGAGCUGGACCGGGUGAAGAAGGCAGAGAUGAGCCCCGCAGAGAGGAAGGGCCUCCUGAAGGAUGUGGCGCAGUUGCGCGGGGAAUUUCAGGAGGUGCUACAGGUGAAGGAGGAGCGGGAGGAGGCGCUGCGGCGCCGGGAGCGAGAGCUCGGCGCCCUGAAGGGGGCGCUCAAGGAGGAGGUGGAGACCCACGAUAAAUACAUGGCUGCUCUGAGGGAGGAGUACGAGCAGGAGCUGGGGAGGCUGAGCAGAGAGUUAGAGCUGAGCAAGGAGAGCAACGCUUUGCUCAGCUCCAAGAAGGCCGAGGCGGAGGAGGAGAGAGGUUCAGCCAAGCUGCAGCUGAAGGACAUGAGCCGGGAGCGGGAUCAGCUGCGAGCAAAGGUUCUGGAGCUCAACAACAAGGUGGAUGAGCUGAGUCACAGCGUCCUGGAGUCCAAGAGCAAAGAGAGGCUCCUGGAGCAGAGAGCCAAGCAGCUGGAGAGAGAAAAGCAACAGCUGGAGGAAACGCUGAAGGAUGUGAGGAAGACUGAGGAGGAGAUGUGUCAGUCCAACCAGUCGCUCCUCGGCCGCCUGGAGGACGUGCAGAGCAAAUUGACCAAACUCAACCACGAGCACCGGGACUUGAAAGAAAAGCUCAAGGAGGAGCGGAAGCAAACGGAGGAGCUGUGGAGAAGCAAGGCGGAGCUGGAGGACGCGAGGAGGCUGCAGGACAGGGCCGUGGAGCAGCUGCAGAGGAAGAUGAACAGCAUCAUGGAGGAGUGCGAGGCGUCCACGGACGCGCUUCAGAGCCAGGUGGACGAGGCCAGGGAGAGGAGCCAGAGGGAGGCGGCCGAGCUGAGGAGGCAGCUGCAGGAGAGGGGAGCCGAGCUGGAGCGGUCCCAGCAGGCGGCCCGGAAGCUGCAGGAGGAGCUGCUUCCGCUGGAGGAGGACCUGCGGCGCUGCCACGCGGAGCGGCAGGAGGCGCAGCUGAGGCUCCGGCGGCUGGAGCAGCGGGCGGAGGAGCUGGAGGAGGCCAACGCGGCGGCGGCGGAGGAGCGGGAGCGGCGGGUGAAGGUCGUGGAGGCGCGUCUCCGUCAGCUGGAGGAGGAGCUGGGCGACGAGCGCAGCGGCGCCGAUCGCCUCCUGGAGCGGCUGGACAAAAGCAAGGAGCAGAUGGAGCAGAUGAGGAACGAGCUGAUGCAGGAGAGGGCGCUGAGGCAGGACCUGGAGUGCGACAGGACGAGCCUGGAGCGACAGAACAAGGACCUGAGGAGCCGCGUGAGUGACCUGGAGGGGUCGCAGAAGGCCAGCCAGGACUCGCUGCUCACCAAGCUCAACAGCCGCGUCCAGGAGCUGGAGGAGCGGCUGCAGGGCGCCGAGCGGGACAACAACGGCCUGCAGCAGGCCAACCGCAGGCUGGAGCGCAGGGCCAAGGAGAUGAAGAUGCAGGCGGACGAGGAGCAGCUCGGCCUGCAGGACCAGCGGGACCAGCUGACGCAGAGGCUGAAGACGGCGAAGCGGCAGAUGGACGAGGCGGAGGAGGAGAUCGAGCGCCUGGAGCACUCCAAGAAGAAGCUGCAGCGGGAGCUGGACGAGCAGAUGGAGGCCAACGAGCAGCUCCAGGGGCAGCUGAGCGCGCUGCGCAGCGAGCUGAGGCGGAAGAAGAAAUCGCCUCCUCUAAUUAAGGACAGCGUGAACGACACAGACGACAACGCCUCCGACUGACUGUGUGAUUAAGUGACUGAGGAAUAAUUGAUUUAACGGUGUAACACGAUUCCCGUCCAGUGGCCGGGAUCUGGCGCCCUCGUGUGGCAACAUCUGUAACUACAGCUUCCUAACUCAUUUUAUUGCGUGGCAAAGUUUGCUUCUAAGUUAUUCCACUGUGUGAUGCCCGAGUUAUUUUUUAAUAGAAAAUGUGUUUAAAUACAUUCACACACAUUUACACCUGAAGCAGUUCCCACUAAAAUAAACCAUACCUCCAAAUCUGA